UAUUAUAAAGCAAUAAGCAAGCGGGAGGAGAAGCAGACGUUUCACACUGGGAAUUGAUGAAAGCAUAUCUGUUCGUUUUUUGGAGGUGGGGAGUUGUUUAAAAUCUUAUAACACCCCCACAAACAAAACUCUUCGGAAAUGGUAAAAUAAGGAAAUGCAUGAUUCCAGAGACAUCCCUAAGCACUCAGUUGUCAGGCUAUGUGGUGCCUUGUGAUAUCAUCGGACCUUUUGGAUGGGUCUAACCUGCAAAUGCAAAGGUCAGCUGAGGAAAUCAUUAAAGAGGAAUUCUAAAAGAAGCUUCCAAAGCGUUGGACCACCCUAAAAGAGAAAGGAAGGAAAUGUUCGGGGAAGGCUAGGGUUCCGGGUAGCUGAAGAAGGGGGCGAGCGCCCCCGACACCGUGGCUUCUUCCCGUCGCUGCCCUAAGGGAACAGGGUGGGCCUGAGGUCCUGAACAAGCCUUUCCAAGCCCCCACUUCAAAUGUGGGGAGGGAAAAGUUCAGAAGCAGCCACAAGGGGACAAAAGCCUCAUUUUGCCAGUUCAACAGGACAGGACAUCCAAUAAACAGGGCCAGCUCUGGAAACGGGUCGAGGCUCCCGUUAGCUCCACAGAGCCCGAAGCAGCCCCUGCCGCCGCCCUCGCCGCCCUCGCCGCCCUCGCCGCCGCCGCCGCCGCCGCCGCCGCCGCCGCGGCCCCUGCGUUACUGGGGGAGACGGUGCCGCUGCGACAGGGGAGGACGCGGCUGGAGCUCAAGGAGGCUCCAGCGCGCAGGCGCCGCCGAGCCCUGCCUGGAUGCUCAGUCAAGGCACUAAGGCAAAAAAAAAAAUCAGCAAUUUAUAGAAAGAAGAAGCUAUAGUCUGUCGGGAUAUCCAACACCAACAGUACAUUCAGACAAUGCAUCUUCAGUAGGGCUUAUUGAGAGCUCCAUUUCUGGAAAGCGUUGCAAGACUGAGGAAUAUCAGACUGCGAAUCACCGGGAACAGUUCCCUUGCAGCACAGAAGCAAUCUCUCUCCCCAUCUUCGCAUAUUCUGAUGGCAAAUCAAAUGGAAGAAAAGAGGAAGCAUGACUGCAGAUCGCAUCAAUUCUCUUUGUGGAUUACAUUUUCAGUAAAAUGUAUGGAUCUAUCUUUUCCUUGUUCUUAUAUCUAGAUCAUGAGACUUGACUGAGGCUGUAUCUUUAUCCUCCAUCCAUCUAUGGCGAACUAUAGCCAUGCAGCUGACAACAUUUUGCAAAAUCUCUCUCCUCUAACAGCCUUUCUGAAACUGACUUCCUUGGGUUUCAUAAUAGGAGUCAGCGUGGUGGGCAACCUUCUGAUCUCCAUUUUGCUAGUGAAAGAUAAGACCUUGCAUAGAGCACCUUACUACUUCCUGUUGGAUCUUUGCUGUUCAGAUAUCCUCAGAUCUGCAAUUUGUUUCCCAUUUGUAUUCAACUCGGUCAAAAAUGGCUCUACCUGGACUUAUGGGACUCUGACUUGCAAAGUGAUUGCCUUUCUGGGGGUUUUGUCCUGUUUCCACACUGCUUUCAUGCUCUUCUGCAUCAGCGUCACCAGAUACUUAGCUAUCGCCCAUCACCGCUUCUAUACAAAGAGGCUGACCUUUUGGACGUGUCUGGCUGUGAUCUGCAUGGUGUGGACUCUGUCUGUGGCCAUGGCAUUCCCCCCAGUUUUAGAUGUGGGCACUUACUCAUUCAUUAGGGAGGAAGAUCAAUGUACCUUCCAACACCGCUCCUUCAGGGCUAAUGAUUCCUUAGGAUUUAUGCUGCUCCUUGCUCUCAUCCUCCUAGCCACACAGCUUGUCUACCUCAAGCUGAUAUUUUUUGUCCACGACAGAAGGAAAAUGAAGCCAGUCCAGUUUGUAGCAGCAGUCAGCCAGAACUGGACUUUUCAUGGCCCUGGAGCCAGUGGCCAGGCAGCUGCCAAUUGGCUAGCAGGAUUUGGAAGGGGUCCCACACCACCCACCUUGCUGGGCAUCAGGCAAAAUGCAAACACCACGGGCAGAAGAAGGCUCUUGGUCUUAGAUGAGUUCAAAAUGGAGAAAAGAAUCAGCAGAAUGUUCUAUAUAAUGACUUUUCUCUUCCUAACCUUGUGGGGCCCAUACCUGGUGGCCUGUUAUUGGAGAGUUUUUGCAAGAGGGCCUGUAGUACCAGGGGGAUUUCUAACAGCCGCUGUCUGGAUGAGUUUUGCCCAAGCAGGAAUCAAUCCUUUUGUCUGCAUUUUCUCCAACAGGGAGCUGAGGCGCUGUUUCAGCACAACCCUUCUUUACUGCAGAAAAUCCAGGUUACCAAGGGAACCUUACUGUGUUAUAUGAAGGAGCAUCUGGAAAUCUUUAGCCUUGUGAAACACUAACCUUCUCUGCUAAGCAAUUGUGGCCUGUAGCCAUAUCUUGAGAAGAAAAUCAAGAAGGGGAUCAGCAAUUAUAAGGAUUUGGGCAACAUUCUGCAGUCUUUGCAAUAGUUCACCUAUAAUCCUAUUUUAAAUCUCAGAGUGAUCCUGCUGACUGCCGGCGAAGGUUUGUAAUUAAGAAAGGACUGAACCACUGCCCUAAGUUUCUUUACGUGGUUGAAAACUAGAUAAUGAAAGUAGCAGGUGCUAAGUAUCAGUGCUAAAUGCUGUGUAUAUCACUACUUAUGAAAAAAAAAACAUCAAAAAAAACCAAUUAGCAUUGGACAUCUUAAUAAAUUAAGUUGACAUGAGGUAAAUGUGUUGAUAAAAACUAAUUUUAGAAGUUUGAAGACUUUAAAACAUUUCAUACUAUUAUUGUUUUGCAAAGACUAAAAUAUUUGGGGACUUAAAGUACUGUAAUCCACUAAAGACGUGCCAUGAAUUAUUGGAUUAUCACACUUUUAAAAAUUCGCCUUGUAAGUUUUGGGGAGCAUUCCAAAGCAGUAUAUUGGUUCCAAUUAGAGUUUACUCUUUUUUUUUUGUAUUAAUACAUUACUAUUUCUAAAUGCCACUUUCCUUACCUACUAGUGAAAUUGCUAGCAUUGAACUGUACUAUGUGGUUUUGGUUGAUUUGGUAUAAAGUUUUUCCAAUUCAUUUAUAUUUUACAAAUGCUAGAUAUUGGUCUGGGAGGCAACAUUAAUGGUACCAACUGGUCACAACUGAACAGUUUUAAUAAUGCAGAAUAAACACAUGUUGCCUUAAAGGGUUAUCUAGUAUCUUUCAUCUUAUUUAGCAUUGGAGCAAAUAGUCAAGGGAAAUCGAAUUAGUAACUGGUCAUGGUCAUGCAACUGGAAGUGCAUGGACGAUCAUUUAAUACUCUUUUUCCUUUUUCCUCACAUGGUUUGAAAAUUAAGGUGCACAUCACUGGGAUAAUGAGAUUUUCUUCCGAGGUGUGCUACCCAUUCUAGUGUGUUCUAAGAAGCGGGCAGUUGAUGUAUGUUUAUAUUUUGAGUCAGCUGUCAAGGGGAGACCACAGCCUUAGUAUGACAUCCUGCACAAUUUGUGAAGCGUUUAUUCUACUGAAGGCACAGUCUUGUUUCUACUUUCUGCACAUUCAGUGUAUUGGUCGUUUAAAUUAUUUCAGUUUUAACUUGUGAAAGCUUAUAAUAUGAUUUCUGGUAUUUUAGAAAUACAUUAGAGUCUGUGAGUCUCAUUCUUUAAGAUACAGAUGUGUGAAUUUCAAUAUAAAGUUGCAUUUGCCAAAAUUUA